AUGCAGCGAUCACAUAGUCUACAAAGUUCACUGAAACGUUCCGGAUGUCCUUCAUCCGGAAAAUCGGUACGGUUCGCCGAUUGGGAUGGUGCAUCAUUGACACGAGUUCGUCACUUGAGUGCUGAUAGCGUGUGUCAACGAACCGAACAACCAAGUACUUCUGAUGAGCAACUCGAAAAGACACACAAUCAACAAACUAGAGUCAGGUAA